AUGAGCGCGGUCUAUAUGACUCCAGGAGACAACUUUGCAACUUCUUAUCACCAUACUACCACCAUUACCGAACCUCCUCCUUCAUAUGCUGACUCCGUGCGUCGAGCUAAGAGGGCGCGACAUAGGGCCAGCAUUUCCAGUUCCGGAACUUUUCCAGACCCAGAGAAUGACGAAGAUAAUCUGGUAUCAGAAAGGUCGCCUUUGCUCCAGAAUGUUGCAGGUGUGCAUGGUUCACGUCAACAACAACAUCAAGCACGAGUUCAAUCAGCACCAUCACGGAGACUCCGAAAAUAUUUCAGACCACUAAGACGAAAGGCUUACUGGUUACCUGUCCUCCACCUUAUAUUGCUCAAUUUCUUAUUUGCCCUUGUUGCGUGGCUGUAUUUGUUCCUUGGUGUUCUAAUUGGAACAACUUUACUAUUGACAUUACCUCUGGGGACUUUGAUCUGGUGGUUGACGCUUAUCGGCUCAAGAUUCUUUGCCGAUGCUGAGAUUCGUAUGCAAAGCUAUUUCCACGGCAUUCAGCCUCCUCCACAAAGAAGAGCUGUCUUCCAUCAGCCGCCCGUCGAAAUUGACCCGGAGUCAGGCAUCCCCAUUCAACGCACAUUCCUUCAAAAUUCAUACGACAUGUUUCUCGAUUGGGAAGGGUCAUAUAUCCCCAUAUUUCACUUCCUCGUCGUGAAAGCUCCCAUAACACUCGUCCUCACAAUCUUCGCUCUUGUUGUGAUACCCCCUGCGGUCAUUCUCAUUAUACCCGCACCCUAUGUUCUUCGGCUCUUCCGAAGGAUAGGCAAGUGGCAAGCUCUUAUCGCAGUCGAAGGAUUGUCGCAAUGGCCAUGA